AUGUCUUACCUCGCCAAUCCCCUCAAAGCGGCUGAAAAGUUCUUUCUCCAACUUGCCGGGAAAGUUCAGUGGCUUGCCACCUCUGAUCCCAAUUCUGCGUACUACCAAGAGCAAAUGCCAGUAGUGGAGGCAGAAAUGGUUGAAUUGCAAGCGAUAGUUGACGCCGCAGAAAAAUUGAAAACCAGAAAGAAUGCCGAAGAAGAAGAAGAAGAAGAAGAAUACUAUGAAGCUGAGGAUCAUUCGGAAGAAGAGGAGCUUGAAGAUGAUGACCAGUAUGAAGAAGAUGUCAAGGAAGAAGAAUAUUACAACGGCAGAGACAAUUACGAAGAUGUUGACGAUGUUGAAGAAGGCCAUGAUCAGUAUCACGAAGAGCACCGAGAAGAAGAAGGAAAAGAAGAAGAUGAUUACUAUAACGGAAGAGACGAUUAUGAAGACGUUGACGGUGUUGAAGAAGGUCACGAUCAGUACGACGAACAGUGCGGAGAAGAAGAAAAAGAAGGUUAUCAUGACGAAAGAGAGGAUUAUGCGGACGUGGACGAUGUGGAAGGAUAUCAGGAUCAGUACAAAGAAGAGUAUCGAGAAGAAGAAGAAGGAAAAGAUCAGUACAAUGACGAAAGGGGUGAUUAUAAAGACGUGGAAGAUGUUCGAGAAUACCGAGAUCAGUAUGAAGAAGAGUAUCGAGAAGAAGCGUUUCAGUUUGACGAAGGAGACGAGUAUGAAGAAGAUGAUGACGACACAUAUGACGUAGAAUCCGAAGAAGAAGACAAAGAAGAACAGCAACAGCAGCAACAAGAGGAGCAAGCAUUCGGUGAAGAUGAGUUUGACGAUCGCGAAGAAGUUCUGGACGACGAAGAAGUUGACGACCCGACGAGCUCUUUGAAUAGACGGAUGUCGACCAUUAGACAUUCGUCCAAGGCGACGUCCGUCCAGGUCGCCGAACAAACCCCCCAGGCCCCAGUUAAGUGA